GCUAGGAGCAGCAAUUUUAGAUGGCUACUCCAACUCCUACUACUUGUGGUCAGGGCCAGAGGAGGAUGGGUCCAGCUGUGGAGGCUCAGGCCCAGAAGGCCAUGGAUGCAGAGCAGCAGCAGCACCAGCAGUGCUACAUGGAAAAAGGGGUGAUUCUUGAGCCCUUCGCACACCAAGUGGGGGGACAUUGCUGCGUUCUGCGCCUCGGGGAGCAGACCAUCUGCAAACCCCUCCUCCCCCGUGAACACUGGUUCUACAAUAAUGUGCCUGCUGCACUGAGGAAGUUUACCCCCGAGUACAGAGGUGUGGUGUCAGUGAGCUUCGAGGAGGAUGCAGAAGGGAACAUUUCCUUCAUUGCUUACCCCCUCCAAUGUGAUCCAGAGGCAGAUCUGGAGAACAAGAACUCCUCGGUCGACUGUGAGCCCAAAAGCGAGAUGCUCAUGGGUGGGAAAAUUAUGGACAGCAAAAAUGACAGCACAGAUGGCCAAAGCCAUUGUACAGACAAGGAUAAAGGUGUUUACAAGCUGCUGCAGGAAACCAAUGUUCUCUACUACAGCCUGGAGCACAGUCAUACUAAUGCUGUACCACAGCUCAAACACAAACCCUGGACCUCAGCAAGCCAACAGUACUACCUGAAGAAGGUGAAGGACAGAGCCAUGCAACGCAACCAAUACAAAUUCAUCCUGCUGGAGGACCUGACGUGGCGGUACACGAUGCCGUGUGUGUUGGACCUCAAGAUGGGCACACAGCAUUAUGGAAACGGAGUUACAGAGGAGAAGAAGGCAAUGAAGAAACACAAGUGCCAGCAUAGCACAUCAAACCUAAUAGGAGUCUACAUAGGUGGCAUGCAGGUGUACCAGUGUGAUGCAGGCCAGCUAAUGUUCAUAAACAAGUUCCUUGGCCGCAGGCUGACCCUUCAGGACUUCAAGGAGGCUUUGUUCCAGUUCUUCCACAGCGGCAGGCGUCUACGACGUGAACUCUUUGCCCCGGUGCUGCGUAGGCUCCGAGAGCUGCAAGUUGCCCUGGAAGCCUGUGACUCCUAUCACUUCUGGUCCAGCUCCCUGCUCAUCAUCUAUGAUGCAGCAUCCCAACAAAAACACACUGAGGACAGCCUUUCUAAAGAAGAAGAGGAUGAGGACAAGAAUGUAGAGGCUGAACCAGAAAUGGAGGAGGAGGAUGCGGACGUGGCUGAAGAACCGGGUUCACUUGGUUUUCCCCGUAGACCCUCCACAUCUAGCGAUGGCAGCAUCAGUGACGGGAGCUCAGAUGCCAGCCAGACUCACUUGUCCCACUCACAUCCUCGUGCCCCCUUGGUGGAUGUAAGAAUCAUAGAUUUAGGCCAGUUCUCCUGCACACAUUUCCAAGAGGACAGCGUGGUGCACAAGGGCCAGGACAACGGCUACAUGUUUGGUCUCCAGAAUCUGAUCAGCAUCAUCUCUGAGCUGGAGAAUCACAGCACAGACUGAGCACUGACAUGACGCACACACAUUCAGACACAGAUGCACAGUAACACAAUGAAGAAAGAUGAGGACUGGAUUACAAAGCAGAGAGAGAUUUCUCCUCUCCCCUUUAAAAUUAUAUCUUGUUGUAGCAGGCCUUUCAAUGGUCCUGUUUCUGCCACGGGUGCUUCUCAGUAUUCCUGAUAUAUAAGUCCAUCUUUGGGAUAUGACAGAGACCUGCAUAUAACAUAGACGAACCAUCUGUGAGACUGAUGCAGUGAUUUACCCUUCAUUCUGUUUUACUGGGGUCACCCUCAGGACAAAAGGGUAGGCAGCAAAAAAAGCAGUUUGAAAGUAGAAAUCUUUUCCUUAUGUCCAAUUCCAAAGACGGUUUCAGCAUUUUGCACAUACAAACACAUUUUGUUGAAGAAGUGUGUGUUGCCUCUGGAACAGGGCUGUGUAAGAGAGCAGGAGUUGAGAGGAGGGGAGGUAGUGAGCCAACACCUUCUAGUCUAUGUUCAUCUUCACUCAAAGAGACUAUAUCCAUAUUAGUAUCAGGGACACAUGAUUUCUUUUUAAAGAAGUCUCAUAAAAUAAACUGAAAUUUCUAAAAACAUAAUGUGAAUGAAUGAUCCUGAAAAGUAAUGCAUUCACUUGAGGAAAAAAAUGGAUUGUUAUACCAGAAUUAUGGUGCUUGUUUUUCAUAAUUAACAUGAUUAGUGUCCCAAACUCAUGAGAAAAGUUUUAAUGGAAAAGAAACGGCAUCUUUUUUUAAAUUAACAAGAUUAUUAUCACAGACUAAAUUAAGAAAAUUUAAUUGAAAAAAUAGUGCUUGUUUUCCUGAAUUAAAAAAGAUUAUUAUUCCAGAAUUAUGAGAAAAGGUUUCAAGAAAAAAAAAGUGUCUUUAUUUAAUUAUUUGUUUUUAAUUAAUGAGAUUAUUAUAUGAGAAAAGCUUUGCUCUAGAUUCAUGAGAUUAUUAUCUCAGAAUUUCAAGGGGGAAAAUUUCUGCUUGUUUUUCUAAAUUAACAAGAUAAUCGUGUUGGCUCAGAAACAUAGCACAAUUUUUUUCAAGUGAAUGCAUUACACGUACAUAGAAUGAAAAAGACUACAUUCCAUAUUAUUAAUGUUAUAAUAAUAAUAAUUGAAAUUGUUAUUUGACAUGGUUGGAUACCUCUAUUGUGUGUGUAAGUGUUGUCCACAGUUUUUUGGGGAAGAAAAUACAGACUUGGGUUUGUGUUAACAUCUGCAUGUUCUUUCAUAUUUGCUGUUACUUGUUGACAAGGCCAGGAGCUUUUUAAUCACUGGGUUAAAGACAGAAACCACAGACUUCCUGCCCACUGGAAAUUUUAAUGUUGCAACAAUCAAAUUUUAUUGAAAUAUCCAGCAUGUGAGGUCAUCUCCUUGGUGUGUACAAGUGUAUACCAAGUAUGUGAUAACAGAUUAAUUAAUAUCUUUACAUCUUUAUCUUUUAUCUUUACUUUAUAUCCUGUAAAGUAUGACAGGACUUGUCUGCAUCAAUAUGAGCAGGCCCACUCACACCACCUACUUUCCAGGCAAGUAACUGGAGCAAAUACCAAGCCUGAGGCCUGUAAAGUGAUGUAAUGUUGUGGAUUGCAGCCAAGACACUAGAUUCACAUUUGCAGACCUCCCUCAAUCUAGAAGAAUUGAUCCAAAAAUGUUUAAAAAGAGACAACGCUUGUUCUGACAGGGAAAUGGUGAUGACACAACAUCCUGGGCUGCCUCAGCCAGUCUCUAACCAGUCUGAGGCUGACAGAGACGAGUCAGAGUCACAGGCUCUGUGUGAUGUGAAGAGAACGGACAGUCUGGGUGAGGAAGAGCUUUUAAACAGACACAUGCUUGUGUCAGCAGAGAACACGGUAAGGUUAGAAUAUGCCGGUGUGCAUAUAUCAUGCAUCUUAUGGUAAUUUUGUGUGCACAUUUGUUUUAUGUGCAGAGUUAGAGCAUAUCUACACUCAUAUUAGUGAAUGAGACCCAUUGUCUCUUUCUAGAAAUCAUGAUCUUGUUACUCAAGAUAAUCCACAGACCUUGCUGAAGACGUUCAUGUAGAAACUAUUUUAUUUCUACCAACCUACACCUGCCAAGUGUAUCACUGCGGAGAA